CGCCGCUCCAGACCACCAUCAACAGCAGCGGGGUUAUCUUAGACAUCUCCACUCUUAAGAUGGAGCAGCAGGAGAGCGAGGUGCCUCCGCUGCCGCCCCGCUUCCGAUUCAGAGACCUGCUGCUCGGGGACCAGAGCUUCCAGAAUGAUGACAGGGUGCAGGUAGAGUUUUAUGUGAAUGAAAACACCUUCAAGGAGCGUCUUAAGCUUUUCUUUAUCAAAAACCAAAGAUCAAGUCUUAGGAUUCGUGUGUUCAACUUCUCCCUGAAGCUGCUCACCUGCCUGCUGUACAUCAUCCGAGUGGCGACAGACAACCCCGCUCAGGGUGCCAGUGCCAGUCACAGCUUGAUCUUCUGGGUGGAUAGGAAGGUUCCUGUUUGGGCCAUUCAAGUGAUUGUGGCCAUCAUUAGUUUCCUGGAGACUAUGUUAUUGAUGUAUCUGAGUUACAAGGGGAACAUUUGGGAGCAGAUAUUUCAGGUGUCCUUUCUUUUGGAGAUGAUCAACACAGUUCCCUUCAUCAUAACGAUCUUCUGGCCCUCAAUAAGGAACAUCUUCAUUCCUGUGUUUCUCAACUGCUGGCUGGCCAAGUGUGCUUUGGAGAACAUGAUUAAUGAUGUCCACAGAGCAAUCCAGAGGACCAACUCAGCCAUGUUCAACCAGGUCCUCAUUCUCAUCUGCACCCUGCUCUGCCUGGUCUUCACUGGCACAUGUGGAAUACAGCAUCUGGAGCGAGCAGGCAAAAACCUCUCCCUCUUCAAUUCCUUCUACUUCUGCAUCGUCACCUUCUCCACUGUUGGCUUUGGAGACGUCACUCCCCGCAUAUGGCCCUCCCAGCUACUGGUGGUCAUCAUGAUCUGUGUGGCUCUGGUGGUGCUGCCUCUGCAGUUUGAGGAGUUGAUGUACCUGUGGAUGGAGAGACAGAAGUCUGGAGGGAAUUACAGCCGCCACAGAGCACAGACAGAGAAACAUGUAGUGCUGUGUGUCAGCGCACUAAAGAUAGACCUGCUCAUGGAUUUUCUCAAUGAAUUCUACGCCCAUCCCAGACUGCAGGAUUACUAUGUGGUGAUCCUGUGCCCAAGUGAAAUGGACCUCCAGGUGCGGAGAGUGCUGCAGAUCCCUCUGUGGUCUCAAAGGGUCAUCUAUCUGCAAGGAUCUGUUCUCAAAGACCAGGACCUGCUAAGAGCCAAAAUGGAUGACGCAGAGGCUUGUUUCAUUUUAAGCAGCCGCAAUGAGGUGGAUCGUAUGGCUGCGGACCAUCAGACCAUCCUGAGAGCCUGGGCAGUGAAGGACUUUGCUCCAAAUUGCCCCCUUUAUGUCCAGAUACUCAAACCCGAAAAUAAGUUCCAUGUAAAAUUUGCAGAUCAUGUUGUGUGUGAGGAGGAGUUCAAGUACGCCAUGUUGGCUCUCAACUGUGUGUGUCCCGCCACCUCCACCUUGGUCACGCUCCUUGUACACACUUCCCGUGGACGAGAAGGACAGCAGUCUCCAGAACAGUGGCAGAGGAUGUACGGAUGUUGCUCCGGCAACGAGGUCUACCACAUCCGACUGUGUGACAGCAAGUUCUUUGGAGAGUAUAACGGCAAAAGCUUCACAUACGCUUCCUUUCAUGCUCACAAGAAGUACGGCGUGUGUCUGAUCGGUAUAAAGAGGGAAGACAACAAGAGCAUUCUCCUGAACCCCGGCCCACGUCACAUCAUGGCUGCCACAGACACUUGCUACUACAUCAACAUCACCAAGGAGGAGAACUCAGCCUUCAUCUUCAACCAGGAGGAGAGGAAGGGCCGCCCUGCCGGGAGAAUCUACGACGGACCCUCACAGCUCCCUGUGCACAGCAUCAUCGCUAGCAUGGGCACUGUCGCCAUGGAUCUCCAGAAUACGAGUCCACCUGAUCUGUCAGGUGGUAAACUGGUCCCGCCCACAAUAAAUGGAACAGGGGGCCGCCGGCCGAGCAUCGCUCCAGUUCAGGAGAUCGCUGACUCCGCCUCAAUCCUGCCAUGUGACCUCCUCAGUGACCAAUCAGAAGAUGAUUCUGUCUUUAUAGAUGAGAAAGGCCACUCACCUACUGAGUACGUGAAAGGUUAUCCCCCUAACUCUCCGUACAUUGGGAGCUCGCCUACCUUGUGCCAUCUGUUGGCUGAAAAAGCCCCGUUUUGCUGCCUACGACUCGACCAGGGUUGCAGGCACAACAGUUUUGAGGAUGCUAAGGCUUAUGGUUUUAAAAAUAAACUCAUCAUUGUGUCUGCUGAGACUGCCGGAAACGGUCUCUAUAACUUCAUUGUGCCUCUCAGAGCUUAUUACAGACCGAGGAAAGAACUCAACCCCAUUGUCUUGCUGCUGGAUAACCCGCCAGAUAAUCACUUUCUGGAGGCCAUCUGCUGUUUUCCUAUGGUCUACUACAUGGCUGGGACCAUAGACAAUCUGGACAGCCUGCUGCAGUGUGGAAUUAUCUACGCGGAUAAUUUGGUUGUUGUGGAUAAAGAGAGUACAAUGAGUGCCGAGGAGGACUACAUGGCAGAUGCCAAAACUAUUGUCAAUGUACAGACGAUGUUCAGGUUGUUUCCCAGUCUCAGUAUUAUCACAGAGCUUACUCAUCCAUCCAACAUGAGAUUCAUGCAGUUCAGAGCAAAGGACUGCUAUUCACUGGCCCUCUCCAAGCUGGAGAAGAAAGAGCGUGAUAAAGGCUCCAACUUGGCCUUCAUGUUUCGCCUACCCUUCGCUGCAGGCAGAGUGUUCAGUAUUAGCAUGCUGGACACCCUGCUGUAUCAGUCUUUUGUGAAGGACUACAUGAUUCUUAUUGCAAGGCUGCUUUUGGGACUGGACACCACUCCAGGAUCAGGAUACCUCUGUGCUAUGAAAAUAACAGAGGAAGAUCUGUGGAUUAGUACUUAUGGCAGACUGUUCCAGAAACUCUGCUCCUCAAGUGCCGAAAUUCCUAUUGGGAUCUAUCGGACAGAAUCCCACAUUUUCUCCACUUCUGAGUCACAGGUGUCGGUCAGUGUUGACGACUGCGAUGACACCAAGGACAAGGGAGACGAGUCUCGCAGCAAUGACCAAUCAGAUCACCCCCUGCUGAGGAAGAAGAGCAUGCAGUGGGCACGGCGUCUGAGUAAGAAAAGCGUGAGGUGGCAGGGAGCGAGCCGGGACUCCAGCAAGGACCACGCCCAGCGCAUCGCUCAGCAGCGCCUCAACCUCUACCGACGUUCUGAGAGGGAAGAGCUGUCUGAGUUGGUCCGCAACCGCAUGAGGCAUCUGGGCCUCCCCACCUCUGGAUAUGAUGAGCAGAAUGAUCACCAAAACACUCUGUCAUACGUCCUGAUUAACCCUUCUCCUGACACCAGGCUGGAGCUCAAUGAUAUUGUGUACUUGAUUCGUUCAGACCCUCUGGCUCAUGUCCCAGAGGAGCCUCCGAUCCACAGCAGCAGCCUGAAAGAGAGACGCGAGUCCAGCAUAGACAUCAGAGAGGACACCCAGCUCUGAUACCAUGCUGACCUUCACUGGUACACUCCUACAUAAUCAGAUGUAAUGGGGGUCUGGUUGCGUCCAAUGCACGUCCAAUGUGAAAGAGGACUAUUUGUGCUACAAUAUUCCAGCACUGCAGUGUACAACUGUAUUAUAUGAGUGCCUACUGUUUGGCAGAUGACAUUUGACAUGUCAUCUGUGACAUUUUCAUCCUUUUGCCACAGACACUGUUAUGUAAGAAUCGUGUAUUCAUGUCUGUGAAAGCUCUCUCAGAUGAGCACUCAUGGACGGGCUUGUUAACAAAUUAAUUUUGCUAACACAACUAGCAGUGUUGCCCUCGGUUAGAGUUAAUCUGAAUGACCAGACAAAAGUGAUUUUCAUUGUCAUUGAACUCCUGAAUUUCGGAGUGAAUUCUAUAUUUUGUUUCUGCUCUUAUGGGUCGCGGCUCCCUCAGGUAAAGUACAAGCUGAACAUCAAGAUCAGAUAUAUUUGUUGAUGUAGAGGUCAGUGGCUCAGGAUUUAUCUGCCUUUCUUGAUCUUUUGAGAUUACCAGAAAUCAGAUGCACAUAUUCUAAUUUUCCCUGGGCCAUACACACGUUUACCACCAAUCACGUAAAAAAAAAAUCAAACAUAACAACAUAACGUUCAACACUAUAUGACUUACAUAAAAUAUGUGCAUUAAAGCUUUCCUUUAAAGCUUUUUUUUGUAGCUGAACCAUAGAAGUAGUUAUUCAGUGGUGUAGAGGUCUUAAUUAGUAAGUUAUGUACAAACAAUGAUGGUUAUAUGUUCGCUGCAGUACAUUUCUUAGUUUGAAUGAGGUUUUUUGCACUACAAUAGCUUAUUUCAACCCUUUAAACAGGACAUGCCAUAUAUUCAGUACUGUGCCAUGAAGGAUUUAUUUAAUUUGUACUAUAUUAGUAAUCAGAAAACCUCAUUUUACUUUCAGCACUGCUUGGUGAAAGAAGUUGCUUAUUAAUUUACAUUUGUGGCUGUUUGGGCAAGGAAUGUAUUUUUAAAAUGCUUCAUCCUGUAUACAAGAAUUUUUGACUUUGACUCUUUGACUUCAUACAUAUCUAAAUGUGGAAAA